AUGGAGAGUGCAUUCGAGGGUAGAAUCAAGACGGGAUGUGUCAUCAAUCUCCGUCACACUGACUUGAAGACUUUCUUGAAUGAUGCUGAAGACUUGGUUAUUGAGAAAGUUCAAGAAGCCAUGCAGCAACAUGGGAGUCUGAAAGUCAACACCCUGCACCUUUGUCGAUUUGAAUGUCAUAAGAAUGAUGCUGUUGUUGUAGAGGCCAUAUCAUUCCAGAGUAAGAGCUCUACAAUUUUAGCUGGAACAGAGUUGCAUGAAUGGUACCAAGAAAGCAUAGUGAAUCAAACGUUGAGAAAAGUUGACGAGCUUCAGGAAAAUCAGUCAGGUUGGAAUUUGUCAGAAACUCUCAACUUGACUGUUAAUAUUUCAAGAUAUACACCACUUCAAGCGGAAAUUUCAACGUUUGUACAAGUCCCAGGUGACAUUCGGAAGACAGAAGGUGUAGUCAACAUAAUAAACGAGGAUCACUACUGCUUUCUUUGGUGUGUCGUUGCAGCUCUGUAUCCAGUUAAAGCAAACAGGAAUUUACCAUCUUUAUACCAUCCCAUAUCCCAGCUCAAGCCAAAAGAAAAUGAAGAAGAUCCUAGUGUCAUUGUCCCUCUGUACUUGAGUUCAAAUCUUGAGUGUCAGAAAGAUGCUAUUCAUUUGAUUAUGAUUGAAAUAAGCUUAACAUUAAACAAAGAUGAUAGUAUUGAAAAUCAUAAGCCUAUAUUUCAUUUUGCGUGGAUAAAAAACCUUUCACGAUUAGUAGGAAAUACCGUCAAACGGGGACAUUGGAAGGUAUUCUUCUGCGAUCGUUGUCUUUGUCAUUUCAAAGAAGAGGCUUCAUUCCAGAGAUAUCACUCUGAUUGUCUCCAGUACAACAAAGUCAGAAUGACUCUACCCACGGAAAAAAAUAAAAUAUUAUCAUUUAGAGAUCAUCAAUACAAAGAUCCAGUACCGUUUGUAGUAUACGCAGAUCUUGAAAGCGUUCUGGAGGAGGAAACAGAAGAUAUUCAAAAGCAUACACCUCACAGUAUAGCUUAUUAUUUACAUUGCAGUUAUGACAAUUCACUGUCCAUGUUCAAUUUAAAUCGUUCAGAAGAUUGUAUUAAGUGGUUUGUACAAGAACUUGAAUCUAUAAGCCACCAAGUCAGUGAUUAUUUAAGAAAUCCAAAACAUCUACCAAAGUUGACUGAUGAAGAACAAAAGUCAUUUAAUGAAGCAGUGAAUUGUCAUAUCUGCAAUAAGCCAUUUAAAUCUGCCAAUGAUAAGAAGGUAAGAGAUCACUGUCACUUCACCGGGAAAUUUAGAGGAGCUGCUCAUAACUCGUGUAAUUUAAAUUUUCAACAAAGUCAUAUUAUUCCAAUAGUUUUUCCUAAUUUAUCCGGCUAUGACUGCCACUUUAUCUUAGAGUCUGUAGCAACAGUUUUCAAUGGUUCCGUAGAAAUAUUAUCUAUUAAUAAAGAAAAGUACAUUGCAUUUACUAAAACUGUAGACGGUACUAACAUUCACCUUAGAUUCAUCGACUUAUUUAGAUUCAUGGCAUCGAGUAUUGACAAACUUUCAUCUUACUUGACUGACGAUGACAUGAAAAUCACACGACAGUUUUAUUCUGACCCAGAACAACUUAAACUUGUAACAAGCAAGGGAAUAUUUCCCUAUGAAUAUGUGGACAGUUUAGAGAAAUUAGACGAGACUGAACUACCGGACAAACAAGUUUUUUACUCUCGACUGAACGAUAAACACAUUAGUGACGAAAACUACUCGUUUGCCCAAAAAGUAUGGAGUCUCCAUAGUGGAGUGUCUCAAUGCACCAAUCGAUAUGCCAAGGCCACCAAUCGCUACAUGGGUGAAGACUUCAACCCUGAAGAAGAUGAGUCCUACAUCAUGUAUCUGGACGUAAACAACCUCUACGGAGCUGCAAUGAGCAUGUCUCUUCCUUAA